AUGCAAACUCCAGACCUCAAGGCCCUCCUCACCCAAGACCCAGGCCUCCCGAAACCCAACCCAACGUCUUCAUACUGGCAAUCCCCACCACACCCCCUCAGCAAUACGCAAUCCUCUUCCCUGCCGGGAAAAACCGAUGUCGCGAUCAUUGGCUCCGGGAUAACAGGGCUCUCGGUACUGAUUACUCUGUUGGAUGAGCAUCCGGAUCUUACUGUCACGGUCCUGGAGGCUAGGUCGCUAUGCUCGGGUGCAACGGGCCGGAAUGGGGGUCAAUUGGCUGCAAAUGCCGGGGAGGAGUAUUUGCAUUUGGCAGAGGAGUUUGGAAGAGAGGGUGCGGGGGAGAUUGUGCAGUUUACGUUUGAGAAUUUACGGAGGAUGAGGGAGUUGGUAAGAAGGUUUGCAGUAGAGGAGAGUCAGGUGCAGGAGGUGGUGAAGGCGAGGGUCUUUCUGGAAGAGCGUGGGUUUGAACGCUUUCAAAGGAGCGUGAACGCUCUGGAGAGGGAUUUGCCGGAUUUUAGAGGGGUUUAUACGGUUCUUGAUAGGGAGGUGUUGAAGAGGGAGUAUCAUCUGGACGGCGCUGGGGGUGCUCUGCUGCCUGCUGGGACCAUCUGGCCUUACCGGCUGGUGACUGAGGUUUUUGCCUGUCUCUUGAAGAGAUACGGGCAUAGGUUGAAUAUUGAAACGCAAACCCCCGUUACUUCUAUCGUUUCCGAUGCGACGAACCCUUCCCACCCGUAUAUCCUGCAUACACCCCGAGGAACUCUACGCGCAACACAGAUCGCGCACUGUACCAAUGGUCAUGCAGGACAUUUGCUCCCAGGACUCCGUGGCCAAAUCUAUCCCUUCAAGGGAACGAUGACGGUGCAAGAUGCAGGCAGUAUCAUGCUCAACCGCGGUGGCGAUCUCUCGUGGGGUUUCCAUUAUCCCGUUAUCUAUGACAAAGAGUCCAGGAGGUAUGCUGCUGGUUUGUACUAUCUCAUGCAGAACACGAAAACAGGGUGUUUCUUUUUCGGUGGAGAGGACACACGAAUUGAGCAUUGUUUAUCAUCGGACGACAGUCAGGUGGAGGAAGGCUCCAUCAGGCAUUUACAAGAGAAGCUGCCACACUUCCUUGGCUACGACGGAGCGGAACAGUGGAGGUUAGCGAGCGGGUGGAGUGGAAUAAUGGGCUUCUCCGCAGACGGGCUGCCCGUUGUCGGACGUGCGGAAACCUCAAUGACAGGACGACAGGGCGAAGGUGAAUACGUCGCUGCUGCAUUUAACGGAUAUGGCAUGGCCAACUGCUUGCUGGCUGGAGAAGCGUUGGCAAAAAUAAUGAUCGGAAAAGAUGUGAGCGCGUGGUUGCCAAAGGCGUACGGGAUUCAUGAGACACGGCUGAAAGAGCCACUGACGCUGGACCAUGCAAUCGAAUCUUUCGAGUUGGGUGCUUGA